UGCAUAAUCAGCCAGUCAUCAUUUUGUCGGAGUUAUCGGGUUUCGCAAUCUGACUUUUUACACCACGCUGUCCGUGUCGCGAUCGGAACCAUCUUAGAUCACAUCUAUAGAUCCUUAGGUCUAUUCCGGACUGCGGGCUCUGGCUACUGACAAAUCAUGGUUCUUCGAAAGCACGAGCUAGAGGCCAAGCUAAAAGAUGAUCUUGAAUUAGUUAGGAGUGGUAUACUUCGCGACGAGAAUCCACUCGACACUAGCAAGGAGUUUAACGAACUUCUAGAAGCAUGUCGACGAGGUGAUCUAAAGCGAACGCAGGAGUUGGUUUCUGCUGGCGUCAAUAUCAACGGGAAAGAUAGAUUCGAUUACACCCCACUCAUCGUUGCAAGUCUCUGCGGUCAUUAUGAGUUAGUUGAGCUGUUACUUGAGUCUGGCGCUUUAGCUGAGCGUGACACGUUUCAAGGGGAAAGGUGUAUAUAUAAUGCUCUGAACGACAAGAUUAGGAACUUACUUCUCAAAUACGACUACUCGAAAUCUACAGACCCCUUGCAGCCUUGGGCAGCCCAUAUCAGCUCGUUACUAUCUAGAGAUACACCAAGGACUUUUGAUAUUACGCUAAUAACACCAUCAAAAUCGUUCGAGCUUCACAAAUUCCUCCUCUCCGCUAGGACGCCUUACUUCCAAAGGAAGCUUACGGACGCCCCUGAGACCGAAACAUGGAAACUGCCUCAUUCUAUACCGAUUGAGUCAUUCCAGGUAGUCCUGCGGUAUCUAUACCUCGGCGACAUACCAAGAGAUCUAGUCGAUGCUCGAAGUAAUAGCACCGAGGAAGAGGUCUUGACCGGAGUUGACAAGAUCAGUAAACAUUUGGAGGUUGAUAAGUUAUGGGAAGCUAUUCUCUCGGGGAGCGAUCGGCGAUUAGCCCGUCAGAGGCAUCAAGACGAGGUUAAUCGAGCUCAGGGGCAAAUCGAGGACUUUUUCCAAAGCAAUGUGCUGGGGCAUAAGAUGGUCGUCGACUCCAGGAAGGUCCAUGAUGUCAAGUGGCCGCACGAUAACUCUAUAUUUGCGGACUGCCUCUUACGAGCUGACGAGGGCGGAUACGGAGAAGGAGAAAAGGAAGAAGACGCUGAAAACAACGAAGAAAUUAACGAAAUACCUAUUGGGCCUGGCGCUAGAGCGCCAAGACGAGAUACUAAGAGGGUUAAAAAAUCCGUUUUAUAUCCUGCCCAUAAAGCGAUGCUGAUUCGCUCGCCGUACUUCGAAACAAUGUUUUCCGGAUCAUUUCGCGAGGCUCAAGCAUCGGAACAUCUACAUAUCAUUAAGGUUGAUUGUUUGCCCGAGGUUCUUGAGAUCAUUCUAACAUUCCUCUAUACCGAGAAAGUCGAAUGUCCUCUGGAACUCGGCCUAGAUCUACUCUACGCAUCUGAUAUGCUGUUUCUAGACAAGGUGAAGAAUAAAGCCGCAGUCGCCAUUAGUACAUUAGGGAGCGGAAACAACAAUGUAUUAGUCGAUCGGACGCAUAUUCAUGAAGGCGGUGAUCAUUUGGAAGUUGAGGUUGAGCCUAUUAACGUAUAUGACGUUAUACACGCGGCCUGGGAUCUUCGGGUUCAGCGUCUAGAGGAAUUUUCCGCUCGUUAUCUUGCGUAUCGUCUGGAAGAUUACAUCGAUGAAGAGGAGUUUAUGGAACUGAUUCAAGAAAGUGCCGCAAGGCUUAAGACGAGAGAGGAGACGGAUACAAUCGAGUUACUAGAUGAUAUUCGGUAUUACUUAUCUGAACGUUUUAGAUUACGGUUCGAAGAUGCAGGGUUGGACGAGAUGUUGGAUGAAAAUGGCGAAGUUGACCCGAUAGCAGCAGAAUUGUUAGGUUCCCAGGGGAAGGACACAGCUUCUGAGGAAGAGUCCAAUAACGGACCCCUUGGAAAUGUGAAUGGCAACGCCUUUUCUGCAAACGCGGACGUACCGGAGGCACUGGUUGGUUCAGGUGGUGUGGUUCGAACUCUUGAUGGGGAGCUUGUCGAGGAUGAAUUCGCCUCUGACGCUAUAAACUACCAACUCCUAUUGCAAAAGAUCGAUACAAUGCUAGAAAAGCUAAAGCUAGAUGCGUAGAAAGGCAUUGCAUAUUUUUAUAGAUCGGUCAGGAUAUGCUAUCUGAUCUUCAAUUGAAUAACCAUCAAGUUGCCCGAGCUGAACAUACCAU